AUGCCGGGAUACGUGGUCUACAGAAGUGACCAGGUAUCCCCCGCCGGGGUAGCCUAUAGGGGAUUGGCUGCCCUGGUCAAAAGGCAGGUUAUUCAUCAACCGCUACCAGCAGUUUCCCUCCGCUCAGCCUACGCUCUUGGCGUAGAGGUGUGCCUUGAUCGACGUCCUGUCCGAGUGUUUGCCUUUUAUAGGCCGCCGGGUGGCCGCCUGGAGGAGAGCGACAUCCACGCACUCCUAGACCAGGCAACCCCCACCAUCAUCGCAGGCGACUUUAAUUGCAAGCACACGGCAUGGAACUCGACACACGACGACGCCAACGGGCAAAAGCUUCUAAACGACGCGGAGAGGGAAGGGUAUGCAGUAAUGGGCCCAGAGGUCCCAACGCACUACCCCUACCAACAUACCGCCGCGCCUGACGUCAUCGACCUCACUUUAGAGCAGGGCCUGAACACAGACCCAUCGAUCGACGUACUAGAUGACCACGUGAUGUCGGAUCACCAACCGGUCCUGGUCACUAUCGAUCUGGCGCCGAUCCGUAGGGAAAUCCCGCCCCCGCGUCACAGACAGGACUGGCACAUCUUCGCAGACCACCUGUCGAAGAACUUGCGGUCGUUUCGAGUGGACAGCCCCGACGAUGUGGACCGCCUUGCCCUCGAGCUCACCGAGUCUAUCACCCGGGCACUCGAGGCCUCGCGGCUAAGCACCACAUCGCACCGGAAACGACCGCAGUUGCCUGCCGGGAUACGUGACAUGAUAGAGGACAAAAGGAGGCUGCGUAGAUUAUACCAGCGCACCCGAUGCCCGACCAUCAAGUCCCAGCUCAAUGCUCUGGCGGAGAGAGUCUCAGCGGUGUUGGAGGACCACGCUGUAGACUCCUGGUACAAGACCAUCGAGCGAGCUGGAGAGGACUGGUCGGGUAUCCACCGCCUAUGCCGCCAAGCUGAUGGCAGCCUACCUGAGAUAACUCUCAGGACGGCGCCUCGCCGCGGCAAUCAUCACCAAACGAGACACCAGGGCUGCAAACGCCCACCACAACGACCCGCCUGUUUUUACAGGCGGAGUGGAGGCCAGCUUAGGGGGCCGUUGCCCCGACAAGCUCACCUCGACCCUCCCUACAGGGGGGCCUGA